UGAUCGAGCUGAAGUCAUUACCUGUUUGUUUCUUACUCGGAGCAGUAACAUGAAUUUUAACGGCAAAGUGGUCAUUGUAACCGGCAGCAGCUCCGGUAUUGGAGCAGCCAUAGCGAUCAAGUUUGCUGAACAAGGUGCCAAGGUGGCUAUCGUGGGCCGAAAUGAAAAUAAAUUGAAGGAUGUCGCUAAGAAGUGCAACAAUCCUUUAAUUAUAGUUGCUGAUGUCACGAAAGACGAUGGUGUCAAGAAGAUUAUCAAUGAAACUGUAAAACGAUUUGGAAAAAUUGACGUACUCAUUAACAAUGCCGGAAUGGGUUGGUUUACAAGUAUUAAAGAAGAGAAUGCUUUAGAAGCCUACAAUGCAGUAAUGGCGACGAACCUGCACGCAGUUGUUCACCUCACACAUCUCGCUGUACCUCAUAUCAUUAAAACAAAAGGAAACAUUGUUAACAUUUCAAGCAUUGCAGGGAUUAGUGUUUCUUUCAAGGGUGGUUUUCCAUACCACAUGUCGAAGGCCGCUUUAGAUCAUUUCACAAGGUCUAUAGCGUCUGAACUUGCAUCAAGUGGUGUUCGUGUCAAUUCCGUCAAUCCUGGACCUGUAAAAACUGAUAUAAUAGAAAAUAUGGGAACAACAAAACAAGAAGAAGAAGCAACUUGGGAUUUGAUGAAGAAAAUGACAGCAUUGAAACGUAUUUCUGACGGAGAAGAAAUAGCUGAUUUGGUUUCAUUUUUGGCGAGUGACUUAGCUAGAGGAAUUACUGGUUCCAUAUUUGUUAGUGAUAAUGGAGCACUGGUAAACUCUAACUUUUAAAUUCUGACUAUAAUUUUUGUAUUAUUUAUAAUCAAAUGAUGCUACUGCAACUAACGUAUAUUUAUCGGGAUAUCCCGACAGGUAUCUGACCCAACCUUUAAACCGUUGCAUCGUGUUUUUUUUUCACUUCUGUUUGAUAUUUGCAUGUUUUGUUACAUCGAUCUUUUUUGUUAUCUGUCCAGACUUAGCUUCCUCUAAACCUUGAUCACUAAUUUGACUUACCUUUUCUUAUUUCAUUAUUGUUGGAUAUAGUACAUGUAUUUUUAUAUAUUCCUAACAAAAUGCUAAUGUUAUCUUGUCAAGUUUGUAUGUUCUUAUUUAAAAGUUAUAAUACAGAGUGUCUUGUCGUUAAUCUUUAUUUGUUGUUAAAUAAAUGCCUGAAUAAAACCUACUUCUAAAAAAGG